UCUCAAAUUCCCCAUGCCCCAAAAUGGGCUGACACCUAACGCAUCUGCACCGGGAGAGCCAGGAUCCCUGCUCUGCUGUCAGAAGAUGGGGAAACCAAGUCAUCAGGGAAGUGGCUAAACUGGAGGUGUUGAUCCAGCGCUGGCAUCCACAGGACCAGCAGGGGCCGCUGUGGAGGAGAACCUUCCCGGGCAGCUCAGAGCCGGCGCUUCCCGGCCUUGUCUUGGAGCUCAGGAGAGUCCGCAUCCCAAGGAGCCCUGCCUAGCUGCCCCGGUUCCUGUCCCCAAGAUGGGGGCGGGGGGGACUUCUGGGGUCAGCCAGCGAUCUUUGGCCUCUCCUUUGCGGCCCAGCAGGCCCCCAACUCUGCACCACCGUUGCUGGGGCUCAGCUGUCUGCCCGCCCUCCCUCAAGGCCCAGCUUCCCUCCCCUGAGGCGCGGCCACUCCCGUCAAAGGAAGUGAGAGGGGCUGUUGUAAGAGGAACUUGGGCCUACAGCCAGUUGAGGAGCCAGAGCAGGGUCAUGCCUCAGCCGCCCCCAGGAGCCCUGUGAAGAUUCCUCAGGGCCCCAGACAGUCGCCAGCCCCACCAUGGGCAGCAAGGAGCGCUUCCACUGGCAAAGCCAUAACGUGAAGCAGAGCGGUGUGGACGACAUGGUGCUCCUGCCCCAGAUCACCGAGGACGCCAUCGUGAGCAACCUCCGCAAGCGCUUCAUGGACGACUACAUCUUUACCUACAUCGGCUCGGUGCUCAUCUCUGUAAAUCCUUUCAAGCAGAUGCCCUACUUUACUGACCGUGAGAUCGACCUCUACCAGGGUGCGGCACAGUAUGAGAACCCUCCACACAUCUAUGCCCUCACGGACAACAUGUACCGGAACAUGCUCAUCGACUGUGAGAACCAGUGUGUCAUCAUCAGUGGAGAGAGUGGAGCUGGCAAGACAGUGGCUGCCAAGUACAUCAUGGGCUACAUCUCCAAGGUGUCUGGCGGGGGAGAGAAGGUCCAGCAUGUCAAGGACAUCAUCUUGCAGUCAAACCCACUGCUGGAGGCCUUUGGCAACGCCAAGACUGUGCGCAACAACAAUUCCAGCCGUUUUGGCAAGUACUUUGAGAUCCAGUUCAGCCGAGGCGGGGAGCCAGACGGGGGCAAGAUCUCCAAUUUCUUGCUGGAAAAGUCGCGCGUGGUCAUGCAGAAUGAGGACGAGAGGAAUUUUCACAUCUAUUAUCAGCUGCUGGAAGGGGCCUCCCAGGAGCAGCGCCAGAACCUGGGGCUCAUGACGCCCGACUACUAUUACUACCUCAACCAGUCGGACACCUACAAGGUGGACGGCACCGACGACCAGCGAGACUUCAAUGAGACCCUGAGCGCCAUGCAAGUCAUUGGGAUUCCACCCAGCAUCCAGCAGCUGGUCCUGCAGCUCGUGGCCGGGAUAUUACACCUGGGCAACAUCAGCUUCUGCGAAGAGGGAAAUUACGCCCGGGUGGAGAGCACAGACCUCCUGGCUUUUCCUGCCUACCUGCUGGGCAUCAACAGCGGCCGGCUGCAGGAGAAGCUGACCAGCCGCAAGAUGGACAGCCGCUGGGGCGGACGCAGUGAGUCCAUCGACGUGACCCUCAAUGUGGAGCAGGCCGCGUACACCCGCGACGCCCUGGCCAAGGGGCUCUAUGCCCGCCUCUUCGACUUCCUGGUGGAGGCCAUCAACCGCGCAAUGCAGAAGCCCCAGGAAGAGUACAGCAUCGGAGUGCUUGACAUCUACGGCUUUGAGAUCUUCCAGAAAAACGGCUUUGAGCAAUUCUGCAUCAACUUCGUCAAUGAAAAGCUGCAGCAGAUCUUCAUCGAGCUCACUCUGAAGGCCGAGCAGGAGGAGUACGUACAGGAGGGCAUCCGCUGGACCCCCAUCGAGUACUUCAACAACAAAGUCGUCUGCGACCUCAUCGAAAACAAGCUGAGCCCCCCGGGCAUCAUGAGCGUGCUGGACGACGUGUGCGCCACCAUGCACGCCACGGGCGGCGGCGCGGACCAGACGCUACUGCAGAAACUGCAGGCGGCAGUGGGCACCCACGAGCACUUCAACAGCUGGAGCUCCGGCUUCGUCAUCCACCACUAUGCGGGCAAAGUCUCCUACGACAUCAGCGGCUUCUGCGAGAGGAACCGAGAUGUCCUCUUCUCCGAUCUCAUAGAGCUGAUGCAGACCAGUGAGCAGGCCUUCCUCCGGAUGCUCUUUCCCGAGAAGCUGGACAUGGACAAGAAGGGCCGGCCCAGCACCGCAGGCUCCAAGAUCAAGAAACAAGCCAACGACCUGGUGGCCACGCUGAAGAGGUGCACGCCCCACUACAUCCGCUGCAUCAAGCCUAACGAGACCAAGAGGCCCCGGGACUGGGAGGAGAGCAGGGUCAAGCACCAGGUGGAGUACCUGGGCCUGCGGGAGAACAUCCGCGUGCGCAGGGCCGGCUUCGCCUACCGCCGCCAGUUCUCCAAGUUCCUGCAGAGGUACGCCAUCCUGACUCCCGAGACCUGGCCGAGGUGGCGCCGGGACGAACGGCAGGGCGUCCAGCACCUGCUCCGGGCGGUGAACAUGGACCCAGACCAGUACCAGAUGGGGGCCACCAAGGUCUUCGUCAAGAACCCCGAAUCGCUCUUCCUCCUGGAGGAGAUGCGAGAGCGGAAGUUCGAUGGCUUUGCCCGCACCAUCCAGAAGGCGUGGAGGCGCCACGUGGCAGUGCGCAAGUACGAGGAAAUGCGAGAGGAAGCUUCCAACAUCCUGCUCAACAAGAAGGAGCGGAGGCGGAACAGCAUCAACCGAAACUUCGUGGGCGACUACCUGGGGCUGGAGGAGCGGCCGGAGCUGCGUCAGUUCCUGGGCAAGAGGGAGCGGGUGGACUUUGCCGACUCGGUCACCAAGUAUGACCGCCGCUUCAAGCCCAUCAAGCGGGACUUGAUCCUGACACCCAAGUGCGUGUAUGUGAUCGGGCGAGAGAAGGUGAAGAAGGGCCCGGAGAAAGGCCAGGUGCGUGAAAUCUUGAAGAAGAAGCUGGAGCUGCAGACCUUGCGAGGAGUGUCCCUCAGCACGAGACAGGACGACUUCUUCAUCCUCCAAGAGGCUGCCGCCGACAGCUUCCUGGAGAGCAUCUUCAAGACCGAGUUCGUCAGCCUCCUGUGCAAGCGCUUCGAGGAGGCUGCGCAGAGGCCCCUACCCCUCAACUUCAGCGACACACUACAGUUCCGCGUGAAGAAGGAGGGCUGGGGCGGAGGCGGCACCCGCAGCGUCACCUUCGCUCGCGGCUCCGGCGACCUGGCCGUGCUCAAAGCGGGCGGCCGGGGCCUCACGGUCAGCGUGGGCGACGGGCUGCCCAAGAGCUCCAAGCCCACGCGGAAGGGAAUGGCCCAGGGGAGGCACCGAAGGCCAGCCCAGGCCCCGACACGGGCGGCCCCCGGGCCCCCCAGAGCUCUAGACCGAAAUGGGGUACCCCCCUUGGCCCGAGGAGGUCCCCUGGCCCUGGAUAUCACACCUGGAAGGAACUCCCAGCAGCCCCCCCGGGGUCCUCCAGCUUCCACCCUGGGGGCCAGAAGACGUUCCAGGGCACACCCGCCCUCAGAGCACAACACAGAAUUCCUCAACGUGCCUGACCAGGGAGUGGCGGGCAUGCAGAGGAAGCGCAGCAUAGGACAGAGACCUGUGCCUGGCGUGGGCCGACCCAAGCCACAGCCGCGGGUACAUGGCCCGAGGUGCCGGGCGCUGUACCAAUACAUAGGUCAAGACGUGGAUGAGCUGAGCUUCAACAUAAACGAGGUCAUCGAGAUCCUCAUGGAAGACCCCUCGGGCUGGUGGAAGGGCCGGCUGCAUGGCCAGGAGGGCCUCUUCCCGGGAAACUACGUGGAGAAGAUCUGACCCAGAGCCCGGGACUGUGUCCUUUGCCAGGGCACAGGCGUUGCCAGCGGGAGUUACGAUUACCUCAGCUGCUUUGGCCACAACAUCUAACCCUGUGGCCUCCAGCCCAGCCCCUGGAUCUGGGGAUCCCCGCUGCAGCACCCCUUCCUGGGCCCUGACCUUCCUCUCUUACAGGAUUAAGCCGGGUGUGGUAGCGCAGGCCUGUCAUUCCAGUUUCUUAGGAGGCUGAAGCAGGAGAAUCUCAAGUCUGAGCCCAGACUGGGCAAUCUAGCAAAUCCUUGUCUUAAAAAGUGGGGGUGGGGGGCUGGUGAUUUAGCUCAGUGCUUUCGCUGCCUGCUGUGCAAGCACAAGGACCCGAGUUCCAUCCCCAGUACAAAAAAAAAAGUGGGGGUAGGGAGCUAAGGAUGGGGCUCAGUGGUGGAGUGCUUGCCUAGCAUGCAUGAGGCCCUGGGUUCCAUCCCCAGGACUGCAAAAAAAAGAAGCCAAACAAAUCAAAAUCAGAAUUGACUGGAACCUACCUCCCAGCUGCCCUGUGUGUGAAAUGAAUUGUGUCCUGUCUUGUUGGUGAAGUGCUGGGCACAGCUAGGGUGGACAGGCCUUGAUAAGUACCACUUCUUUGUCUGUCUCUUACCACUGGGGCAACACACGAGCCGAGUAAAAGCGUGAGUUAAAUUAC